AAAUGCUAUCAGGAAAUCUACUCUAGUUACUAUCGAUAAGAAAAUGAAAGUUUUCCAAUUCAGAGAAAUCAUUCGAAAGCACAAAGAGAAUCAUUUCAAUGAUAUUAAAGCAGAUGCAGACCAACUGAUCCUAUGGAAGGUGCAAAUUUCUACCAAUGAUAUGAAUCUAGAAACUGAAAUACAUGCUAAUGAUGUUAAAAAAGAAUUCAGAGGCGAAGAGUUAAAUCCAUUUAAAAUUCUAUUGAUUAUUUAA